UGGGCUCUUUGAUUAGUUCAAUCGCCUGAAUAAUCAUUUAAUCAAUAAAGCAUUUCAUUCCUCUGCACAGCUGUACUGGGUGGGGCUUGGGGUGGGGUGAAAUAGGGGAGCCCUAGGCUGGCCAGGGCUUAAAAUCUAGAGAGCCACGCCCCCCCUCACUGAUGGGUUGGGGAAGAGCUGCCUGCCUGGAAAAGGGUGACAGUUCAAGUGAGACUGCACUUGCAUUUGUCCACUCCAGCCUGGGUCAAGGCUGGAGAAGAGAGGGAAGCUGAGAAGCUGUCCAAGCUGGUGCUCAAAGGGGUGUCCACAUCUGGUUCCUAUGAGAGCUUCUUCCUUCUCCCAACUUCUAGGUAUUUCAUGGGCCGAUAGACUUCCUUUUUCUUCCUUCAGAACUAUAUUCCAUUUCUUACCCCAACCUCAGUUUCCCUGUCUGCCCAGUGGGGAGGGAGUGUGUCAUUCUGGCUCUAAGCCCAAGAUAAGAUCAAGUCAACACUAAGCAGGGAGCCACUUAAGGACCUUCUCCUCUAAUGUCUUCCUUGCUGUAGGGAAAGGAAACACAGAGGUUCAGAGAGGGGCAGGGACUUGUAGGCGACCAUAAAGCAUGCGUAACGGAGGGAAUAGGAAUGGAAGGUGACCUCUCUGCCCUUAGACCUCCUGUUCCUGCUGGAAGAAGAGACAGAUUCCCCCCCUCUCUCCAUGGACCCCCUUGGAGAAAAACUACUACUUGGGCAAGUAGUAGUCUCUCCUUGCCAUGGGAGCCCUUGAGUCCUUAGAUCCAGGCAGACUUGGAUGGGUUGAAUACUUUCCCACUGGGCAUUGGCAUCCAGUCUCACAGUUCUGGAAUGAGCCUGGGAUGGAGUGAUAGAUAUUAAUAACCCCCUAUCCAUGAAGCUUCAUCUCACAGAGCCUAAGAACUCACAUCUCAGGGUUUGUUCUCUGUAUUAAACAAACCGGGAAGCAGAGGCUUUAGAAGGGGCUGCCUGUCUCAAGUCUUUGGGAGAGAGAGUAGUCCCAGUGCCCCUGGCCUGCAGAACAUGCUGGUAAUGAUAACACACCCCGACUAAGGCGGUUUUACACGAUUCUUGAAAAACCUGGUUAAAUUCUCAUUGUUUCUCCAUCCUCUUCAAGAACUCCUGAAAACAGAGACGGGUCAAGUAGAGCAGACUCCUGAUCCAGGGGCAGGAAUCAUGCAGGAAUCUGCUGUGCCUCGACUUGCUGUAUAAUUUCAGGUCAAUUUCUUUCUCUCUGAUACUUAAUUUUUUUUUAUUUUUUAAAAAUGAAGUUUAGAGAGAACUCAAUGGUUUGAGACAGCCAUGCUGGCAGCAUCCCUGAUCUUUCCAGAACUGAGCAACCAGUCUGAGCCCUAUUGGGCCUCACUUUGUCAGAAGGAAGAACAGGGAAAUGGGCUGGACUUGGGUUGAGGGAGUCGAUGUCAGGCUAAUAGAGCACUGUAGCAGCCCCCACAUCCUGAAGCCGCAGUAAUGCAGUGCGCUGGGAGGCGUGGAAGGGGAAGCCGGGAGGGGGUGUGUCCCCAGUGAAGCGAGGUCUCUGGCUUCUCAAACAUUAUUCUCAAUGGGCUGUCUUUCAGUACUAAAACUUUAAAAGGCAAUUUGGUUCACAUAAAUUGAGUUUCUUCCUGGACAGUUUCCUUUCGCGGUCUCCUGCCCCCAGCGCCUAGCACAGUGCCCGGCCCAAAGCCCUGUUACUGGGAGAACGAAAGCGCAUCACUGUAGAUCACAGCGAGGACUGACUGCGUUGAGAGCCGCAGUGAGACCAGCCCCUGCUAGUCUCGCUCUCCUGGACCCAGGCUGCGGCUCCUGGGCGUUCAGAGACAGGACUGAGGCGCAGUAGCCCGGCUCCACCAUGGACUUGCUGUGCAGCCUCGAGCUAGUCACGUAACCUCUCUGGGCUGUCGUUUAGUGACCUGUAAGGCUGGGCUAGGUGGCCACGGUAUCAGGUAGCGCCUUUUGGGGUUGGAACUUCCCAGAGGCCGCCCGCUCUGGCGGUGAUGAAUCACCUCCAUCCAGAGGGAAACUCCUUCCCCCAAGAACGCCACGAGUUGCGGGAAGGGGCUGCUCUGGGUGCGCAGGUAAGACGAGUCCUGUGUGUGCCACGCAGCAGAACACUGUCCCGCAGCCGAACACCUACUGUGUGAAACGGGGGAAUCGGCGCUACUCCUGCUCGGGCCGUGCCCCGGGAAUUCUAUACAAGCCUCACGGGUAUCCGAAGGAAAACCUGCGUGUGCGGGCAUAUUCCAGCCGAGUUCUUCGAUUUGGCAGCAUCGCCCCUCCCCCACCAUCCCGACAGCGGCUCUGGAGAGGCGCUUUUGAGAAAGGUUUCCAGCCCGCAGCCUUUCUUCUACCCCAGACUUGCUGUGUGACUUUGGACAAGUCGUAUCCUGCCUCUGGGCCUCGGCUUCUGCACCCGUGAAAUGGAAAAAGCAUAGCUUCGAGGCCCUUUAACUCUAAGAUUCUAGAGAACCUGGGUUUGUAGGCCUGAGCUCAGCAAGAGGGUCUGGGGGUGGGGGUGUCACUGGCUCCAUCCCUCAGGGCGUCCCGCACUCCCGCCUCUCCAGUAGGUGUGCAAGCCGCCAUGUUGAGUCUGGGCCGAGGAUCUGAAUUCUGGUCAUUUCCGACCCACUGGGCGCCAUCGGGUGAAGCCAGUGCGGGAACUCUAUUCCAUCCCGGUCCCUCUCUGCUGUUGCGAUCUUCCUGCUCCAAGGCCGGGGGUGAAAGGGGAAGAUCCGGACAGGCGGGUUCCAGACAAAGAAGACAUAACGCCGCCACUCCACCCCGGCGCGCACUGCAGCCUCCUGGGUCCCCAGAGGCCCGCCUGGGGCCGUUUUCCGCAGCUGUGCCCUGGUGGGGGGUGGGGACGGGUGUCAGCGCCGGAAACUUGUCUACUGGUCAGGGAUAGCUGGGUGUGGAACAGGGACAGAAGGUGGGCCCAAGGGUCGACCCCAGUGUAGGAGUUUGAGUAGAGCAUGAGUAGAGAGAAGGCAGAGGAAGGGAAACCGAGGCAGAGAAUAAAACAAGAGGUUAACCCAGGAAUCCUCCCAUGAUCAGCCUGUACUCUGUCUUCCUUACAAGCCCAGUGCUGGAGCAGGCAUCUCAAAGCCCUUGUUUUGGUGGAUUUAUGUUUAAUAUUAGCGGAUCAUCACUCAUGAAAUAGAAAGUGAGUCUUCGGACCACUCCCAUGAGUUGCUGGAGCAAGGGAAUCCUCAGCUUCUUUCUUGUGCCAGGGCCCAGAUGGCUCACAGAACUAUAGCUUCCUGGGUGAAGAAUGACUGUCACACGCUUCCUUUUCAAGGUCCAGUUUCUUUGAUUGUUGUCUCGGAGCCUUAAAACCCACAAAGAAACUGACUGGCUAGUCAAAGAUCCCUUCUGUAGCAAGAGAGUUCUGCUACAAAUCCAUCCAUUUUGUCUACAUAGGGACAGGAACUUCCCCUGUAGAGGGAAGGUCGGGUUUUCCCGUCAGCUGGAAGCUGCCGCAUUGCAGCGCGCCUGGCCGCUUUGCUUGACCCUUGCAGAUAGAAUGCUCCCGCCCACCCGCCCGCUUCAGAGACCCUUAUUAGCCAUGGACGCGACUCGGCUCAUUCGGUUCUCAAGAAGCCUUGAGCCGGAUGCGGAAUUACUCCGGUGGACAGAAGCGCAACACAGCUCCCAAAGCGUCUGGCAGUUCCUGAACUGAGGCAGGAAAGAGGGCCAGCCACUCCGCUUGGGCAACUUGGCCCAAAGCCUUAGCCUCUCCACCCAGGUGCGCCGUGGUGCGCCCCAGUUACUAACUUUAAAGGAGUGUGAAAUAUUCUCCCCCUUCCCCCAACGUCUCUGCCUUUGGUUAAUGCAGCAUUGAGGGCCUUGCAGGUGGAGUGAGGGAGGAGGGUGCACGAGGAGGAGCCAGUGGUGGUUUAGUAGGUACUUGAUAAAAUUAGGAAAUAUUUCCGUGGAAGGAGCCUUCAGUAAAAUCUAGUUAACUCCACUCUGCCCAUUUUACAGAUGAGGAAAGUGAGGUCAGAACUGGCAGAUAUGCACACACUCCGAUGCACACACUCCGAUCCCAUCACGAGCCUGAUGGUGCAGGAUCUCUACUGCGCUCCUUGUCUUCCUCCAACAUACAUUUUUUGUUUUCUGUUUUUUUCUGGAGACUUCCCCCAUUCUCACCCUUCACUCGGCUGCUCUCAAGCCUUAAGAGCGUCCCAGGAUCCCAACGUCGCGGUGGGGAGGUCCAGCCCGCGUGGGACCCGCAGCGGGACUCUCCAGGCACUGCGUGGGCCCCUUUCCCCCUCCCCACAGCCGCGAUCCACUAGGCCUUAGUCCAGCGCGUUUGUCAAUGAACGUGGCGCCGCCGCCUGGGCCCCGCCCCCCAUUCUCUCCCAUUGCCCAGGUAUCCGCUAAUCAGGCGGAGCCUGUGGGCUGCUUAGCCAAUAGGGCGGUGUUUCGGGCCAGGGCCGGCUGACGCCACUCUGAUUGGCUUGGUGGAGCGUGAUUGGCAGGUUAGCCCCCGCCCCGCCCCCGCCCGGUGGGAGCUGAGCCCCGGGCGGCGCUGUCCACACGCAGCGGGUCCUGAAAGCGGCUCCGGGGCGGCGCGGUGGCGCACUGUGCGCGCCGAGCAGGCGGAGGGCUAGCGACGGCGGCGGCGGCGGCAACGCAGGCAGUCAGAGCCGGCUGCAGCUCCAUCUGAGCCCCGGCAGCCCCGGCGGCCUUGGUGGCAGGGACCCUCUGCUCUCUCCUCUGUUCCUCACUCCACGCCUGGGGCAGGCACGGCGGCCGUCCCGGAAGAGGCAGCGGAAAGACAGUGGAACCAGACCCACGAGGGAGGGCGGCGGGGCUCGAAGAGUUGGUUGGCACGAGGUAGACACCCCGGCGAGGAAGAGUCCGUCGCUGGUGUCCCCGUUCCUGGUCCCAGCGAUGGGCGAGCAGCGGGGACCGCGGGAACUUUGAAGGCAGCGGGUCGCAGUGUUGGAGGGCUGCACGCUCCCGGGCACUCCGGAGUCGCGGCCCCAGCGUCAGGGGCGGAAGCAUCUUCAAACCCGCCAGGACCCCGCGCUGCCGGAGAGGAAGUUCUUUGCAACUUCGUCCGAGACGUCGGAGAGCCAGUUGGAGAGAGGCUGAGGGGGCAGGUCCGAGCCCCAGAGACUCAGAGAAGCAGAGAAAGAAAGGAUUUGGAGGAGACCGAGGGGUCGAGGAGGGACCUCAGAGGCAUCGAGGCCGCGGAACCAGCCUGGCAGCCCCCGGGUCUCGCUGCCCCCUGAGUGAAGUCAAGGGCCGAGUGUUCCGGUGGCCUCCUCACAGCUGCUCCUACCUGGGGCCCGGGGCUGCGGGCUGUCCCGGAGGCGGGCCCCUACGCUAUGCCCCCGAAGCCGCGGGUGCCUUGGCCGCAGCUAUCCCGGGCUGGGCCCGGAGCUGCCGCUUGAGCCAGCCAGGGAGGGAAGCCAGCCGGAGUUGGGCACCCGCUCCUAGCCGAGCUGCGCUAGCACCAUUUCCCGCCUCUCCGCGCAGCUCCGGGCGGUCUCCAGCAGGGAGGCUCUGAGAGAGACCCCGAAGCUCCAGCAGGGUUUUCUGAGCCCAGCUCGCACAGUGCCUGGCCUGGUGGCGCGGCUCCCUAUUCGCCCUGGGCAGCCCCUUGGCGCCGGGAGGCGGCGGCGUGGGCCGGCCUGCAGUCUGGAGCGCCCCGAUGGAAAUACACUGUAAGCACGACCCGUUUGCAUCCAUGCAUAGACAUGGAGGAGUGAAUCAGCUUGGGGGGGUUUUUGUGAAUGGACGGCCACUCCCGGAUGUAGUCCGCCAGAGGAUAGUGGAACUUGCUCAUCAAGGUGUCAGGCCCUGCGACAUCUCCAGGCAGCUUCGGGUCAGCCAUGGUUGUGUCAGCAAAAUUCUUGGCAGGUAUUAUGAGACAGGAAGCAUCAAGCCUGGGGUAAUUGGAGGAUCCAAACCAAAGGUCGCCACACCCAAAGUGGUGGAAAAAAUCGCUGAGUAUAAACGCCAAAAUCCCACCAUGUUUGCCUGGGAGAUCAGGGACCGGCUGCUGGCAGAGCGAGUGUGUGACAAUGACACCGUGCCUAGCGUCAGUUCCAUCAACAGGAUCAUCCGGACAAAAGUACAGCAGCCACCCAACCAACCAGUCCCAGCUUCCAGUCACAGCAUAGUGUCCACUGGCUCCGUGACGCAGGUGUCCUCGGUGAGCACGGAUUCGGCCGGCUCGUCAUACUCCAUCAGCGGCAUCCUGGGCAUCACGUCCCCCAGCGCCGACACCAACAAGCGCAAGAGAGACGAAGGUAUUCAGGAGUCUCCAGUGCCGAAUGGCCACUCACUUCCGGGCAGAGAUUUCCUCCGGAAGCAGAUGCGGGGAGACUUGUUCACACAGCAGCAGCUGGAGGUGCUGGACCGCGUGUUUGAGAGGCAGCACUACUCAGACAUCUUCACCACCACAGAGCCCAUCAAGCCCGAGCAGUGGUGCCCCGUGCUGAUGAGACAAUACUUGAUGCAGCCCCGGGCAGUCCUUUUCCAGACCACAGAGUAUUCAGCCAUGGCCUCGCUGGCUGGUGGGCUGGACGACAUGAAGGCCAAUCUGGCCAGCCCCACCCCUGCUGACAUCGGGAGCAGUGUGCCAGGCCCGCAGUCCUACCCCAUUGUGACAGGCCGUGACUUGGCGAGCACGACCCUCCCCGGGUACCCUCCACACGUCCCCCCAGCUGGACAGGGCAGCUACUCAGCGCCGACGCUGACAGGGAUGGUGCCUGGGAGUGAGUUUUCCGGGAGUCCCUACAGCCACCCUCAGUAUUCCUCGUACAACGACUCCUGGAGGUUCCCCAACCCGGGGCUGCUUGGCUCCCCCUACUAUUAUAGCGCUGCCACCCGAGGAGCUGCCCCACCUGCAGCCGCCACUGCCUAUGACCGUCACUGACCCUUGGAGCCAGGCGGGCACCAAACACUGAUGGCACAUAUCAUUGAGGGUGACAGCCACCCAGCCCUCCUGAAGAUAGCCAGAGGAGCCCAUGAGACCAUCCCCCAGCACCCCCUACUUGCCUGAAGCUCCCCUCCUCCUCUCUUCCUCCAGGGACUCUGGGGCCCUAUGGUGGGGCCGUUGGACUUCUGGAUCCUUGUCCGUUUCUAAAAGCCAAUCUAUGAGCUUCUCCUGAUGGCCACUGGGUCUCUGCAAACCAAUAGACUGUUCUGCAAAUAACCGCAGCCCCAGCCCAGACUGCUAGUCCCCCAGCUGUCUAACUAUCCAGCCAUCGUAACCACCCCAGCCUGGGAAGGAGAGCUUGCUUUUGUUGCUUCAGCAGCACCCAUGUAAAUACCUUCUUGCUUUUCUGUGGGCCUGAAGGUCCGACUGAGAAGACUGCUCCACCCAUGAUGCAUCUUGCACUCCUGGUGCGUCACCGGACAUCUUAGACCUGUGGCAGAGCAUCCUCUCUGCCCUGGGUGACCCUGGCAGGUGGGCUCAGAGCUGUCCUCGAGACAGAGGAUGCCGCCCUUGGGCCCCAGCCUCCUGCUCAUCCCUCCUUCUCUAGUAUCUUCACGAGGAGUCUCACUGGGCUGGUUGUGCUGCAGGCUCCCCCGAGGCCCCUCUCUAAGAGGAGCACACUUUGGGGAGAUGCCCUGGUUUCCUGCCUCUAUUUCUCUGGGACUGAUGCAGUAUGAGCGGCUCUUUUCCAGAUCAAAGAACUCAAAGAAAACUGUCUGGGAGAUUCUUCAGCUACUUUUCCGAAGCAGAAUGUCAUCCGAGGUAUUGAUUACAUUGUGGACUUUGAAUGUGAGGGCUGGAUGGGAUGCAGGAGAUCAUCUGAUCCCAGCCAAGGAGGGGCCUGAGGCUCUCCCUACUCCCUCAGCCCCUGGAACUGUGUUUUCUGAGGCAUGCCCAGGUUCAGGUCACUUUGGACACCUGCCACGGACACUUCACCCACCCUCCAGGACCCCAGCAAGUGGAUUCUGGGCAAGUCUGUUCCGGUGAUGUAGACAAUAAUUAACACAGAGGACUUUCCCCCACACCUAGAUCACAAACGGCCUACAGCCAGAACUUCUGAGCAUCCUCUCGGGGCAGACCCUCCCCGUCCUCGUGGAGCUUAGCAGGCAGCUGGGCGUGGAGGUGCUGGGGCUGGGGCAGAUGCCUAAUUUCGCACAACGCAUGCCCACCUGUUGAUCUAAGGGGCCGCGAUGGUCAGGGCCAUGGCCAAGGGCCACGGGAACUUGGAGAGGGAGCUUGGAGAACUCACUGUGGGCUAGGGUGGUCAGAGGAAGCCAGCCGGGAAGAUCUGGGGGACAGAGGAAGGCCUCCUGGGGGAGGGGCAGGACAGCUGCUGUGUGACCUGGGAGUGAUUUUGACAUGGGGGUGCCAGGUGCCAUCAUCUCUUUACCUGGGGCCUUAAUGCCUUGCAUAGUCUCUCUUGUCAACUCACAGCAGCCAGGUAGAGCCCUUGUCCAAACCUGGGCUGAAUGACAGUGAUGAGAGGAGGCCUGGCCUUCUUAGGUGACAGUGUCCCCCAUAUCUGUAUGUCACAAGGAUGGCAGAGAGCCAGGGCAGAGAGAGACUGGACUUGGGAUCAGCAGGCCAGGCAGGUCUUGUCCUGGUCCUGGCUACAUGUCUUUGCUGUGGGACCUCAGACAAAGCCCUGCACCUCUUUGAGCCUUGGCUGCCUUGGUGCAGCAGGGUCACCUGUAGGGCCACCCCACAGCUCUUUCCUUCCCCUCUUCUCUCCAGGGAGCUGGGGCUGUGACAGGAUCAUCUGGGGCAGGCCCUCUACUUCCAAGCAAGCAGAUGGGGGUGGGCACCUGAGGCUCACUAAUAUUUGGACCAAGUGGGAAACAGGAACACCCAGAGGGGCAGGAAUCAGAAGAGCCUGGAAAAAGACCUAGCCCAACUUCCCUUGUGGGAAACUGAGGCCCAGCUUGGGGAAGGCCAGGACCAUGCAGGGAAACAAAGCAGACUUCCUCUGGCCACCGCUAAGUAUUUUGUUCCCUAAGCCCCCCACAGGGUGGUGAAACAGAAGGGAAAACUAAGGCUCAGCAAGGUGGAGUCCCCAAGCAGUGACUGGUGGGGGCGGGGCUGGGACUUGGGCUCCUGACCCCCAACCCAUGGUGUUCCCCGUCACCCUGGUCUAUCCACAUCUCCUAUUCCUGAGGAGAGUUGACAGAGCAGUGGGAGAUGGUUCUGGGCCCCAUGCCCUAGACACUCAGUCUGUAAAACUGCCAAGGAAGCCUGGUCACCCAGGCCAGGGAUGGAGCCCAGCAAGCUCACAGCAGGCACACGCACCCCUGCCCCCGCCCAGAACCUGCGGGGCAAAGAAGGGAGGUAGUUGGGGCCAGAGUCCACCUCCAGGAGCCAGGGUGAGCUGGCUGCAGCCUCCACCUGUCAGGUAAGGUAGGAGAAGGUAUGUUACCUGGCACCUCUCUCCCUGCCUCCCUCCAUUUAGCAGGAAGUGGUGGGGUCAGGGGUCUUCAGCACAGGCUUCUUGAGCCUCUGCCCCCUGUCACCCUUCUUUUGGAAUGAUGUGUACCCACAUCUUUGGAGCCUGCCCUCCUUGUUGUUCCAGGCUGUUGGGAGGAGGUCAGCCUCCCCUGAACCAGCUGCCUGAGGCAUGCAGCAUCCUUCCUCGGCAAAGCCCACCUGGCCCACAGCGGCCCCCUCUCCCCAUCCUGUUCCUCUUCUUGCCCUGUAAUGAGCUCCCCCCAUACCUUUCCUCUCUCACCUGAGGCUUUGCUGGUCCUCAGAUUGGUUUUGUAUUUGUGAGACAACCACUUGACUCCUGGGAUGCCAGGCAGAAGCACAAGCGCACAUGGAUGCACACGGAUGUUCUCACACACACACACACGCCCGCUCUCACCAAUUCACAGCACUUCGCGGUCCGGCGGAGCUGCCUGGGAGCUUGGUGAGGAUGGCUCCAAAGGACACAAGCGGUUGAGUAGAUGCCAGAGAAUUCUGAAUGGAAAACACAAGUCCGGGGCCUCACCAGCAUCGUGGCAGAAGGCCUGGGGCAUUUCUCCAUGGGCCUUCUGCCCUGUGUUCCAGCUCUGACUUUUGGAAAAGGACAUUGUGGAUUUUAUGAAAAUUUUUCAUACCAUUAGUCUAGCUCCAACCUAGAAAAAUUUGAUGGUAUAUCAAACCCAACAUCCCUUUCCCAAGGCACCUUAGUUAAGGCUAGCCCUUCCAUAACUGACAUCGUACGGUGCUUUGCAAUCCUCGACCACUCUGUGGGGCAACGAGCAUGAUGCCUACUUUAUAGACAGGGAACUUGACAUUUGGGGCUCACAUGGCAACAUAGAGGCGAAGUGAAUUCUCAGAUAUCCAGGCCCCAUUCUCUCUCCACUGAGUUAUGCUCCUGUCAUGGGAGUGUAUGGCUUAAAGACACUCGCCAACCCCCAUUCCCUAGAAAUCCCCCAGACCCACAAUAAGGCAAGAAAGAACAGGGACCCAGAGGCUGGCCUGACCUAGGGGCCUGGAGGUUGGCGGCUUUGUUUCCUAAGAACAUUGAAACCUGCGGAGUCUUUGACCAAAUCCACAACAGUGCUUCUGAGGUUUCAUCCAGACUCUUUCCCAGCUGUCCCUGAGGUUCAGAGGGUAUCAGAGUCAAUUCAAGGCCACACCAUAAUCCCUGACCAGGCCUGGACAUGGGUCCAGCCCUGACUCCAGCGGUCCAGGUGCCAGGGUCAUGUGCUGUCCCCCACUUCCCUUUCUUUGCCUUCCCACUUUGGAACAGGCUCCAGGCCUGGCUGUGACAGUAUGCAGGAGUGCCCAAGCCAGGGCCACCAGGGUGUCCACAGCCCCUGGAAACACAGACCACAAUCUCAAGUACCCUGAAUGAACUGCUUCCUGGGUGAACGGGGUGGCAUAGCCUUGCCACUCGGGCAGGGCGCCAGACAGUACGGUGCAGCGGUGCCCAAGAUGCCCAGAAGUGUGCCUGCCCCCCUGAGUGGCAUUCAAGUAUGAAAACUUGUAAAAUGUUCUGUCGACCUAAAGAAAAAUGUCCAUGGGCCAUAUUUGACCCACUGGGCACCAGCCUGUGAGCCCCAAUGCCUGUCAGUUGCCCCCUUUCUCAUUCACCUCCUGUCCUUUGUUGCAGAUUUGGAGGACAUGGGAGCCCAGAGAGGUGAGAGAUGUGCUUCAAGGUGUCCAGCAAGGCAGGGGUAGAAAUGGGCACGCCCAGAGUCUGCCACUCUCCCAGGCCUCAUCUUGGGCUCUUACAAGCCUUGCGCUUUGAAGGUGGAGUUGGGUGGAAGGUCAGAGGCGCUGGGGACGGGAUUGGGGAACUGCUGGGCUUUCAGGGGAGGUCAGUGCUGCUUGGGCACCUUUCACAUGUGCAGGGAAGAGACUCAGAUGUGGCCACAGGGCACUGAGGGGUGAAAUCCAUUUACCAGAAGUCACGCCCCGGAAUGACUGCCCAGCCUUGGCAGCCAGUGGCUCCAGCCACCCCCUCCUCAUGACAUUCAGCCAGAAUUGAGCUCCAAGCCGGGGAAGCAAAUCUUAAAAACCAAACAAGCACCCUGACACAGCCCUGGAAACACGAUGAGUCUGAAAUACAGCUUCCCGGGAGGGUGGAAACCAACUCCUGCCCCAUGGCCAAGCCAGGUCCAGGCAGGCAUGGGUGGAUCCCACAGUGCUCUGAGCUAGACCAGCUCCACGGUGGCCCCGCUACAAGACCAGUUCUGCAGCCUUGGCCUUGUCACCCAUCGAGAGGCUGCUCUGAUGGUUCCCAGCCACACACCAGCUCUCCUGGGGAAACUCUUUCUUUCGUUCUUUUGGCCUCGGAGAGGUCUGAGGCAAGUACAUUUCUUAAAAGGUAAUAAAAUGCAUUAUUGGAAAGUUGGACAGUCAGGCCACGACUCCUAGCCCAUGGCGUGCCCCACCUCUCAGCAGCCCCUUCAGCCCCUUGCCCCUGUUGUCCCCUGUUGCCCCAAACCUCAGGGUUCCCUCUUGCAUAUUCAUGGGGGAACCACAGUGCUGAUGUGCACUUCCCCACUGUCAGAUCGGCUGCACCUCGUGUGGCGCCAGGUCCCAAGGGCCUCUGCAGAGGCCAGGCUGUGAGCCCCUUGCCCGCCUGCUCCCCUGAUGAGGCAACAGCUUCUCUGAAAUGAGCUGCUGGCCAGGAGCGGGCAGGCACCAGUCUGUCUUUCCUUUUCUGGUAAUUCCUCAGCGCUGAGGCUCCAUUCCUGGGCACGCCAGGAUUGAAGGGAACCUCAGAAUCAUGUCACUGCCAUUCUAGAGUUUCAAUCCGAGGGGUCCCCUUUAGCUCAUCUCCAAGAUGGGUAAACGUAGCCACUAUUCAGAAAGCCCAGAAAUUCUUGUUCCCACAUCUUAGAUCCCUGAGCAACACAAGGAGAAAAUGCAGCUGCUUACCUAUUAAUAUCUACUGAGGGACAAUCAGUGAAGCCUCAAAGGAGUCAUCUCAGGUAGGGUACUUGGCCUGUGGCAGGAGAGACAGAGGCACCAACCCACCCACCCAUCAGCUUCGGGUGGCUGAUCGGGGCCCAGGGAGGGAAGCAGGUGAAACAGCAGGGUGGGGGUGACUUGGCAGUCACGCAUCCCCUCCCCGACUCUGAGGCCUGGCAGGAGGAGGUCACGCCAGGAGGAGGCCACACCAGCCUCACCUGCCCUGACCCCCGCCCCCCACCCCAUGACCCUGUGGCUAUGGCCGCUGGUCGCCCUUGUCCCCAAAAUCACCAUGCCUGUGGCCACGUCCCUCAUCUUCUCCAAAAGCAUCAUUAAGAACAAGUGAUUUUGGAUGAUGGAUUUUUGAUUUACAAACGGCGCAUUUCCCUUGGAGUGGAACAGAAAGGAAACCAUUUAAUGGCGCCCUUCUUUUCAAGCAUGAAUACAUUUUAAUGAAACUAUUUUACUGUAUUUGAGGAAAUGGAGAGUUGAACAUUCCAACCAAUCAAUAGCCAAUUAAUUGCUAUAAAGCUAAAAAGAAAAUAAAUAAAUCCUGAGUCUAUUUUAAACACUCUGCAAAAAGUUCAGAGCCUCAGAAUCUGGCCUUCCCCUCCAUAAUGUGCACGAGCACGUAAACACACACACACACACUCACACUCACACACACACUCACACACACUCACACACACAUACUGACACACACACUCACACACACACACUCUCACACACUCACACACACUCAAACACUCACACUCACACACUCACACACACACACACUCACUCCCCUACACCUCAGACAUACUUGAAACUCAGAAACAGCACUGAGUCUCCCCAUGCCAAUUCUUGCCUGCUCUCCUCGACUUGGGUCAGAGAAGGUGAGCAGACCCGGCGGCAGCCUGUCCCAGGGCUCAGCAAGAGGCAGGCCCAUCCCCUGGCCCCAAGACCCAGCACAGCAGAGGGUGGCGGGCAGUGAGGGCCUGGCGUUGCCUGGGCCCCACUUCUCAGCCCCAGCAGCUGGACCUCCAAGGUUGGGUUGAGAAUGGAGUUUUGGCUCUGGGUUUGCCCUGACUCCUGCUGGAAGACGCUGCCCUGGUUUUUCACCCUCUAGUGGCCUUGGACAUUAAGUAUUUGUAGAAAUGCAGAUUACAUUGCAAAUGGAAACCUUUGCCAGGAAGACACAUGGAUUUUGCUUUUAAUUCUUUGAAACAUUUGACUUUGUCUUAGGGACUGACCUUUCAGCAUCAAAGAAAUACAUAUCUACUGUAUCCGCCAAAGUUUGUGAUGCCUGCAUAGACGCUUACUUGUAAAAAAAAAAAAAAAAAUACAAAAAAACCAACAACAAAAACCACAAUUGAAUUGCCUUUGAAAGUGGGAGAUGAUCUGUCUCCAAUGGAUUGAAAAAAAAAUGCUUCUUAAAAAAUGUGUAUGUUUUGUAUUCUUUUUUUCUAGUAGAAAAUAACUGACUUGAAAUAUUGGUGGUUUUUUUCUUAGUGACGUGUGUUGCUUUUGUGUGUAAUAAUAUUUGAAUGUAAUUACAGCAGUGCCAAUUUGCCAAAGAUGUUGGACAUAUUUUUCUUUUUUGGGGAGGAGGGCAGGGCUAAGGGUGGGACUUGGGAGAAAACAGGGGUGGGGUUUUGGUUUAAUUUUUUUUUUUACUUUCUUUUCCUCGUCAAACCUGCAAUUUGUGGCUUCCUUUUAAGUUAAAUGGUUGACUGCAACACCUUUAUUUUAGAUUAGUUGGAGAAACAUGCAAUAAGAUUGGCGUAGUUUCAAUAUCUGUGUGUCUUUUCAUGAGUGGCUGUUACUUGUGAAGAAUUGAUUUUAUGUAACCUUUAUGUGAGAUAAUUAUUUGUAAAUAUUUGCCAUAAUUUUAUUGGUUCCUAAAAUAAAAGUAAUUUUUUAAGUUCAGAAAAA